AUGUCUCGCAAGGAAUACUUGAUACGCUACAUUCGUCAUGCCCAAGCGGAGUCCAACUGUCCUGACUCCUCUGGGGAGGACAUUAUGGACCCUAAACUCACCACCCGGGCCUUAGAGGAGGAUUGGGUCAAAACAAAGAUACCAGGAGCGACAAAAACCAAAGUAAUUGGAAUGGGUCGCGAUCUCGCCAGUGGUACAAUGGCCAACAAGUUUGAGAGUUAUGCGGCUGAGGGAAAGUUUGGAUCCUACUUCAUCGUCUCUCCCUUGACAAGAGCCUUGCAGACCUUCUUGAUUUCUGUGCCUUACAAGACUCUCAUGACGGCAAAAAUUGUACUGGAGCCUCUGCUCACUGAACAGACGAUUUGGUUCUCGGACAGAGCUAGGCGUCGUACUCACAUCGAAGCUGUCUUCAAGACCGAGCUCGAAUGCCGAACGCCCCCGAAAGGCCUUCACAAGCUUGAAUUCAGGGAUCUCGAUAUCAAUUGGGGUGCUAUUGAUGAACGUCAGGACAGAGAAUGGCAGCUAAAGGACGGUGAUUGGGCGCCUGAAAAGCUCAUUCAGAGGGGCCUCGAUGCUACCAAGGCGAUCAUCAAGCACUGCCGGGCGGCCAAAGCAGACUCAGGGUACAAACCUUACUCCGUUUGUGUGUAUGGUCAUGGUGGGUUCGUCAACUACAUGGUUGAGGAGCUCGGACCGCUCGACUUCAGUAAUGAAAAUAUGGUGCUAAGCGCAUGGGAAAAGGGCGAAGAUAGAGUGUAUUCAGUCGUUGACGACGAUGACAAUGUGCAGCCUAAGGGCAACCUUUUCAAGAGAAAAGAGAUCGAGGACGCAACGCUGUCGCCUAACGUCGACCUGCGAGACGAGAAUGCGAAGCGCCAGAAGCUGCACAAAAUCGUUGUGAGCAAAAAAUAUGGGAGAAAGGCCAACGACGAGACCAAAGAACUUUACGCUCGAGCUGAAAGAGAGAGAAAGAACCCCAAUGAAGUUGUCGGAAACACGAUAGAAUAUCUCACGGGCUAG